UCACUGCUGAGCGAGCAAAGCAUGCCUGAGUAUCAGCUGAGAGGAAAGCAACAGAAAACAAAUCAAGGAAGAGGCGCAGCUCAGACAGAAGUUGAAAGAGAAAACAGAUGAGGAAAAGGUGAAGGAGAGGAGAUCAUGGAGAAGGCUUGACAGCGUGAGAAGAAGCUGUUUAGGACACUUUGGAGGAUUCAUGUGAGGGGAGAGGAAAGGGAGACCUGCUUGAAGAGAAAGAAGAGGGGAGGGUUCAGGGUGAGACAAAUGGGGGGCUGGGAGUUGUUGAUGGGUUUUUGACUUGUGCAUGUGCAUGGAUGUGGGUGGAGGGAGGUAGGCAGGAAGAAAACAUACUAAGAGAGAGCACUAGUUGUUGGACAUCCUGGCAGAACAAACGGAGAGGCACGACAACUUUGACUCUUCCUUUUCUCGCCGCGACCUGUUGAGGAGGAAGGAAACGGCAGAAACAAAAACACGACGGCAUCACCCAUCCAGCCGCCACAAGAAACCGGGGAGAGGGUGACGGUGAGACGGUUUGACAGGCCGCAUCUUUUCCGACGGGGGGCUCCGGUUGGAAUGACCCAGCCAUGAUGCCACAGCCAUGCCCCACCUGUCGCCCAGGUGUUCCCGGACGGAGAGCCUGGCCAUCCGCCAGUCUUAGAGGGAGUGCCAACAGAAUCGUCAGUCAUCUGGACUCAGAGAUAUUCCCUCCCCAGAGCCUCCCGCAGUACUGACGCUGCGCCCCUGCUGCAGGUGUGUGAUCCAGCUUCUAGACUCGCAUGCAUUGAUGACAAACUUCUCCCCAUCUUCAUCCACCUCCUGUCAGCUGUGAGGAUCUUUAAAGCAGAGUUUCCCCCCCAUAGAGAGGACUGCAAAAGGGACACCAUGCGGCACAUCCACGUGGAGCUGGCCCACAAAAAGGCCCCACUAGAGCUUCCAGCCCAGGAGGGGGACCUGCCACCGACCGCAGCCCCAACAAACGGCCUUGACCCCGGGGUCCGAGCUGGGGCACUCAGGCAUUUUGGUCAGGAGGAGUUGCGCUUACAAAAGGUCUACCAGCUCUCCAUUUUUUCGCAGAUGGGGGGGUUUUCUACCUCUGCGGGAUCGUACAGCGAUUCCCAACAGAGGCAGCAGAGAAAGCGGGGUGUGGAAGAGACACAGUUGACUCACAAGCACUCCCACCUGGACGACUCCACGGACGGUCCGGUGCUGCAGGGAGGGGUGUUGUGUGGCUCAGCUCCAGCUCUCGGCAUUGGGAUGGGGCUAGCAACUGAGCCAGGGGAGCCCGGGUCCCCGUAUUCUUACAUGCAGUUGGAGUCUGAGGGGGGGCUGUCUCCCAGAUCUCCACCUCUCUCCCCAAGCCACACCCCUUCCCGGCGCUCGUCUCACUGCAAUCGCGAACGUCCAGUUGCCGAUGCGUUUGCCCCACUCUCUCCUAAAUCGCCCCCCAUGGGUGACCCCCAUGGCCAUAUCUGUGAUCAGGGCCAUUCCUUCACAAGCUCAGUCAGAGUUGAGACUACCAACGGGAGCCGCACACCCACCCACCCAAUAGGAAGUCCCGCACAUGAUGGCUACACUACUGGCUCGUCUGGAGGCCAGCCGACCCCCCACCUAUACGAAAUGCCCACAUACGAGUCUCCAAACCCUGCCAGCCCCACCAGUCCUCCGGGUCCUUUCUCCCCCCCACACCACACAGAGCUGCAGGAACCAGGGGUGGCCACCGAAUGGGAUGCUGGACUUGAAUCUUCCCCACCUGAGCGAAGUGCCACCCACACGGCCACCUCCAACGGUCUGGCCUCCUGGGAGAAGACGCCCUGCAGUAACGGGCACCGCCUUUUCUCUGGAGGCCACGUCGCGGCAAAGAAGAGACUGCUCUCGCCGAGCGAGACAAACGACUCGUUAUCGGAGGACGAGGGCCCCUCCACGUCAAAGAGGAGCAGGCUGUCGCUGCUAACGUCAGGACCGGGCCCGGCGUCGUGCCGCAGCACUGAUGCUAAAGCCGCACCGUACUGGAACCACCUGCUGCCGACGGCACGGGAAAUGCCUAAGACCGCCACAGACUGCAGCAGACCCAGGAGACGCCUCAAGAACGGGCUUCGGCUGAAGAGCCGGCAGCUACGCAGCGGAAGGCAGACCGACACCGGUCGCUCCCGACGCUCCAGUUGGCCCUCGUCUUCCAUCAGCAGGUCACUUCUAGGCAACUUUGAGGAGUCCAUGUUGAAGGGACGCUUUUCUCCUGCUGGGCAGAUUGAAGGUUUCACGGCGGAGAUCGGUGCCAGUGGCUCGUACUGCCCGCAGCACGUCACCCUGCCCGUACAGGUUACCUACUACGACAUCUCGGAGCACAGCGCCCCCUCGCCCUUCCUGGGGGUGAUAUCCCUGGAGCCUCUUGGAAAGAAAGGAUACAGCAUACCCAAAGCAGGGACCAUUCAAGUGACCUUAUUUAAUCCAAACAAAACUGUGGUGAAGAUGUUCCUGGUGACUUACAACUUUAGCGAUAUGCCCGUCAAUCACAUUACCUUCCUGCGCCAUCGCAUCUUCCUGGUGCCAGUGGAGGAGAGCGCCGAGACGACUCCAUCGGGCGGAGUUCAAGACAGGAAGAAGAUUCUCUGCUACCUGAUACAUCUUAGAUUCCAGAGCUCCAAAUCUGGGAAGAUCUAUUUGCACAAUGAUAUCCGGCUGCUAUUCUCCCGUAAAUCCAUCGAAGUGGACACAGGGAUCCCGUAUGAGCUGAAAUCUUUCACCGAGGUGCCAAAAAACCCUGAAUAUUCUCCCCGCGAGUGACUCCUCUUUCCCCUGGCUUGACCUUUGGUCUCCAAUGCCAACGCCGCCCUUCUUGUAAUUUCUAAAGAGGAGGGCAGGAAGUGGACUGCAACUGUGGUGGACACAAACCUUGAUGAGACUUGAGGAGGCGUGCCACAAGCACACAGACACAUACAGAACCGGUCUUUGGGAAAGUCCCCCUUUUUAAUGCGUUUAGUCUGUGCCGCAACCUGGAGGUUCCUUUGUCAUCUGCUCGCUGGGGCUGACUAGCCUCAUCAAAAAGAAGGACUUUUUCCAACACCAUCAUCUGUACAAGGAAGGAAAUGCACAAACACCGACACCCACGUACACAGACUGACAAAACUCACGCACAUCGCACGCAGCAAGUGGCGGAGCAGGAACACUUGUGGUGGUUACUCUUUUAGCGCAGUGUUAACUUGCAUGCCUUGUGACUUAAACACCGGAUUUUUUCCUCUAGUGCCGUAAAAGCACAUUGUCCUUCAUUCUGCCUGCAGCCUCAGCGGACCAAAAAUAUUCUGCCCCUGCAAAAAAAAAAAAAA